GAAGUAAACAUUUGCAGUGUCAUAUUUAAUAUUUCCUUACGUUUUAUCAAAGUGUACUUAAACAUUAGGAGAAAUUAGCACACCAUGGCGUGCUAUUUCGAUGAACAUGACUGUGAGCCAUUAGGAGAAGGUCAACAACCUAACCAUUUACUGCACCUAGCCAGGCUUCUUAUUGACAGUGGUGUAGCUGCACAGGAUACAGAAAUGGACUUUGAAAGUCUGUUCCCUGGGGCUGAUGGGAAGCCACCUCCUGCAUCAAAAAACGUUGUAGAAAAUCUCCCAGUGAUUAGAAUAACUGAAGGACAAGUAGCAAGGAAUGUAAAGUGUCCUGUAUGUCUUGGAGAGUAUAGAGAAGGGGAAAGAGCAAAGGAACUGCCAUGCAAACACAAUUUUCACCCUAAAUGUAUCCUGCCCUGGUUAAAAAAAACUAACUCCUGUCCUUUAUGUAGACAUGAACUGCCAACUGAUGAUGAGCAAUAUGAAGAAUUCAAAAAACAAAAGGCAAGAGCAAAACAAAGAGAACAAGAUAUAGAAACACUACACAGCUCAAUGUAUGGAUGAAACACAUGGACCUCUAGAUAUACUGGAAUAUACAGAUAUACAUCCAAAAACAUACAGUAUACAGUUUUUUGUGUACCUGUGUGUGAUGAUCCAUAUGUGAAAAUUUAAGUGAUAAAUGUCAAAAAUAAAGAUUUAACAGCAAAAUUAUUAAGUUAUAACAGAACAUAUUCAGAGGAACGCUUCGUAAUGAAAGGACAUCAUAUGAGAUGCA